AUGACACUUCCUUCGCAACCCUUCACCUGCCUUUUGGGACAGGUGAAGAGUCCUCGCGAUAGACCUUCAGGUUCACCUCCAGCCGAACCGCUUACGGCUCUUUUCGACAAUAUCAACACCCAUCUUAUGAUGGAUUCCGACUCAGCUCUCGACUCCGAGGUUGAAGUCGACGUGGUCAUAGUCGGCGCUGGCCUAAGCGGCUUAAGAGCAGCUGUCGAACUGCACAAAGCAGGCCUCACAAUCGCUGUCCUCGAAGAGAGCAACCGUGCCGGUGGUCAGUGUUGCACAACUUUUUCUCGUCAUACGACCAGGAUCACGUUCAUAGGCGACACCCACACCGAGAUGCUCUCUCUAGCCAAGGACUUCAAGAUCGACCUCACCAAGCAGCACAAGGAGGGACUGGACCUCCAACAGCGUUAUGACGGUUUUCAAGACAGCCCCCAAGUUUCCGAAACCAUCCCGGCGCUUGAAACAGCCGUCUGGCCACCUGAAGAGUACCAACUUUCAUUCAGGUCACUGAUCGAAGACCCCGCAAUCCAGAAGUUCUACCGCCGCAUCUCCGAUCUCUCUGAAACCUGGCAUGGCCCCGACGCCUUGUUUCUCGACGCGGUCUCCUUCCUCGAGCUCGUGGAAGCUAAUUUCUUCCACAGCAAGGCGGUCCAUCAGGAAGCCCACUUUCUCACCAGUUAUCUCCUCAGCGCUGACCCCGCCCGCGUCUCGGCUCUCUACGUCCUCGACCACAUCGCCUCCGGCGGCGGGCUUGCCAACCUCUACUUCCACCCUGACUCCCCUGGAGGCGGCGCCCACCAUUUCCGCGUCCCACAGGGACCGCGAGCGUUCAUCACCAGCCUAGCCGACCUUCUUCCUGAGGGAUGCAUCCAUCUCUCCACCAUGGCCACCACAAUCACCCAACAAACCACCCCCAUCAGCAAGAUUUACUACCCCUUUCACCCAUGCAAAGUCGAAACCUCCCCUCCCUCCGAUAGCGACUCCACCGCGAGCACCACCACGAAAACCUUCUACGCCAAAAAGGUCCUCCUCGCCACACCCCCCGCAUUAUACUCCCCUUGUUGGUCCCACCUCCCCGAAGUCCUUACCUUCCACCCGCCUCUGCCUCCCCACAAGCUCGCCUCCAUCAACCGCCACAGCGGCCGCUACAAUAACUACGGCAUCUUCACCACGGUGACCUUUUACUUUUCCCAGCCCUGGUGGCGCGAGGCCGGGCUGUCGGGAUCCAUGGACUGCCGGGUUACUCGGGAUCUCGACGGGCCGAUUUCGUGGGUGAGAGACACGAGUGAGGAUAAAGGUGGUGGCAAGAUAAACACAAACAAGAAGGUGUGGAGUUUAACCUGCUGGUGCGCAGGCGAGAACGCGUAUGAAGUCUGGAAAUGGUAUGACAAGACCUACCCGGUGGAUGAUGAAAAGCCAGAGGAGAUUAAGGGUGGCUGGAAGGCGAGUCCGGUGUGGAUGCAUUUGCUGAGAGUGUUCAAGGAGCGGAUGGAUGCCCUGGAGAUGGAGAUUCCAUUGCCGAGGAAAGGGUCCUUAAAUUGGAAGGAGGAGGAGGAAAAAGAGAGGGAGAGAGAAGAAGGUGCGGGACCACCGAUUACGUACAAUGUGAGAUGGUGGAUGGGGAUGGGGGUUACGCCCCCGAGGGAAUUGCCGAGCGAUGGGGAAGAAUUGGAGGAGCUGUUGAGGACUUGGGAGUAUGAUGGGCCGGGAAAGGGAGAUGCGACGAUGAGAGACCCGUUCAGAAAUGUGCAUUUUGCGGGCACGGAGACGGCAGAGGAGUGGAGGGGUUUCAUGGAGGGAGCGGCGAGGAGUGGGUUGAGGGGAGCGAAGGAGAUUAUUCAGGCGUUGAAGAAGAGAAACUUCAAGGACGGAGAGGAACGCUGGAUCUUGGAAAUGAAGUUUGCUGUUGCGAACUCGGGCUGGAAACCGCCGACUCCGCAUCCUGGCACCACCGGAAAUGCGGGGUAG